AUGCCCGAUGGAGUGAGCAGGAUGCUUCGAUCCUCGUGCCGGUCAGCAUUGAACGGAGAAUCUCUCCCCGUCACAAAGAGCCCGUCCGACGAGGUCUUCUCCGGGUCCACAUGCAAGCAAGGCGAGAUCGAAGCAGUCGUCAUAGCAACCGGGGUCCACACUUUCUUCGGCAAGGCAGCCCAUCUAGUGGACAGCACGAACCAGGUCGGACACUUCCAGAAGGUUCUGACAGCAAUCGGAAACUUCUGCAUAUGCUCGAUCUUCGUCGGAAUAAUCAUCGAAUUAAUCGUGAUGUACGCUAUACAGCACCGUAAGUAUAGGGACGGAAUUGACAAUCUGCUUGUUCUGUUGAUCGGAGGGAUCCCGAUUGCUAUGCCGACCGUUUUGUCUGUGACAAUGGCGAUCGGGUCACAUAGGCUGAGAUAUGCAAUUAAUGAGUGA